GCGAGUGACAGGGAAUAACAACACGGUCCAGACUUCUGCGAAUGCUGUGCAGCUCAUCCAUGCACAAACUCCUCCAACAGUUCUUGUACGACGGCUUGGACUUGGCCCAGAAUAUUAUAUAGAUUUAAUGUCAUUUUAAGCUGCGCAUCUUUUAAAAGAGGGACGUGAUGCGAGCUUAGGUGGACACCCGGAGCUCGUCAUCCAUCCCAAUCCAUCAGCCGCACUAUGGCAUCGUCCCUCAUCUGUACUUGCCGCAGUCUGGCUCUUUCGACGUGGCUGCUGUCCUUUUGCUUUGUCCACCUGCUCUGUUUGGACUUCACGGUUGCAGAAAAAGAGGAAUGGUACACAGCUUUUGUCAACAUUACCUAUCUGGACACCGAUACCUUGGAGGUCAAGACCGAGAAAACGGAGUGUGGUCGGUAUGGUGAGCACUCACCCAAGAGAGAGGCCAGAGGUCUUGUCCUGGUCCCGGCUCUCCUGCAGGACAGGCAGGCGUGCAACCCGAACAUCAGGUUCCCAUCUGUCCCUCAUGGCACCACCUGGGUGGCGUUGGUGGCUGCGGGGAAUUGCACUUAUCGGGAGAAAAUCCGAAACGUCGCAAACCAAAAUGCGUCUGCAGUUGUUAUAUACAACAGCGCCAAUGACACCAUAACAAUGCCCCACUCAGAUACAGGCGAUAUUGUGGCCAUCAUGAUCCCGGAGCCUAAGGGUCGUGAGAUAGUGGUCUUACUGGAACACCACAUUGUGGUCAUGUUGCACAUCACUGUAGGAACCCGCAACCUGCAGAAGUAUGUGAGCAGAACAUCUGUAGUGUUUGUCUCCAUCUCCUUCAUCAUCCUCAUGAUCAUCUCCCUCGCCUGGCUCGUCUUCUACUACAUCCAGAGGUUCCGCUACGCUAAUGCACGAGACCGCAACCAGAGGCGUCUGGGUGAUGCUGCUAAAAAGGCCAUCAGUAAGCUUCAAGUACGCACUAUAAAGAAAGGAGACAAGGAAACUGAACCGGACUUUGACAACUGUGCAGUUUGCAUUGAAUGUUAUAAGCCUAAUGAUGUUGUGAGGAUAUUACCAUGCAGACAUGUCUUCCAUAAACACUGCGUAGAUCCAUGGCUACAAGACCAUCGAACAUGCCCCAUGUGUAAAAUGAACAUCCUCAAAGCUUUGGGAAUCCCAUUCAGUGCAGACUGCACAGAUGAAAUCCCUCCAGACUACGAGACAUCCGUCGGGGGUCCACUCACAAAUCCCAUCAGUGCAGCAAGUGAAAUCACUGUUAACGAGAGCUUGGUGGUGUUGGAUCCUGCGGGAAGAGUGAUAGAUGUGCAGCAGCUCCAUCACUACGCAGAGACGGCAUCACAGGCAGAGCAGAGCCACACUGUUGCCAGCAGUGAGCACCAGCCACCUCUCAGCAGUGAUUCAGAUGCUUCUGCCAUCAUGAGUGUGGAGAUAGGCAUGUCUGAGGUCGACCUCUCCAUGGAGCAAGAAUGUGAUGAAGUCAAGUCCAGAACCAAUCGGUUCUGAGAAAAGCAGCCUGGAAAAGGAGGAAACAAAGGGCUGAGGGAUCAGGGAACCCAGAAAGAUUAGUCAUAUCUGUGGCUAACUGGAGUAAGUGACCUCAAAGAAGACGGAGAACUGGGCAGAUGUAACUGAAAGUAGCACAAAAGCCCCAGUUCUGUCUUCAUUGACCAAAAAAACAGAUUCAGCACUGCAUCUGUAGUCAUGUUACUUGCUUAUUCUCCAGCAGUCACAGCAAGUUCUCACAUUGUGGUGCCCCAGUUUUUGUCCAUGAAACCUUUUCACACCCUUCAGCCUAGAAUCUGAAAUGCACAAAGUCUAACCGUGGAGAUGCUGAAGCUCGUCACAGAGGGCAGUUGCAGGAUUAGGAGUGGUAACUAAUCCUGCUGCUGGACACAACAUAAACACAGGAGUAUUAAAGCUUCCUAAUGCAUGUGUGCAGCUUUAAUUAGCAUGAAAAUGUGUUUAACUUCUAACAGAAUCACUGCCAACAAAAUACAGAGGUUUAACUCAUAUAAUGGGAAAGUAUCUAGCAUGUACAGUGAGUUUUAUUAGAUUUUUUACCAGCUGAAUCCAAAAUUUACACCAGUAAUUCAUCAAUGACAGGCAGUCACAAGACAUUAAGGAGUUAGAAUAUCUAAGCACACAUUAUAAUGUAAUCUCUUAAAAUAUAUCUGUUACUUUUUUGCAGAUCUUAGUUUCAACCGUAAACUUACCCAGCUGCAUAUGACUGUUGUGGAAAUAACCAAACACAAGGUAGAUAUCUCCGUCUUCACGUUUGACAAUCGUAGGUGGUCUUGAGCAGUUUGUAGUGAUGUCACCGUUGCCCUGUUAAGACAUAAAGCAAGACUUCACUUUCUGCUGUUUGUCAGACAGACAAACUGCUGCUAAGCACAGCUGGAUAUAGUAGUUGUAUACAGAGCUACAAGACAGCCAGUAUAAAUAUGACCACAAGUGUUUGUGCCAAGCUUAUCUACUGUAUGUCAAAGAUUGUUAUUUUUUGUGUUCAGUUGUUCCCUGGUUAUCAUGAGGGAAUGAAAAUAAAUCUUUUCAUGAAUAUCAGGAAGACACAAGGUGAAAAAGAAAGGGAACUAUGCAUUACUGGGGUUCUAUUUGGGAAAUCGCUGCUCCAAGCACAUCUUUUAUAAAAAUGACAUUAUCGUUGACAUAAUAUAUUUACAGUUGUGGAGCUCAUCCACACUAAGCUGGCAAACUUUGGAGAUAAAAAGCAUAGAUGUUCAUGAGUGUUUUCUUUGUCAGAGGAGUUUUAACAGAGACUUGGACAUUAAAAUGAAAAUACCUGAGUUGCACCACAGCAGCAGAUGUCUCUUGUUAUGCUGGUGGAAAUCAGAUGGUUGAACCUCUGUUUUGUCUUCUUGCGGUCCACCUGCAUACUCUAUAUUUACACUUGUUUGGAUACAAUCAAAUAUUGGAAUAACUUUUUUCUGUUGUUCACAUAUUGUUUUUGUUUUUUUUUAAUGAUUGAAAAGUUAAAAGAUAUUUUUAAAUUGCCACUGUUAAAUUGUAAAACAGCUGUAAUUGACUUUUUUGUCAGAACAGUGUUGUAUUUGUUCUUGAAGAUAAAUUACUUUCACCUUUUGUGUUCAGCACAUCAUUGAUCUAACCAGGACCAGACGACAGACAUGCACAGUCAGCUGCUUUUCACAGCCUGAGACGCUGGCUGAGACCACAAACAGCUAAAAUAAGAGGGAGAUUGUAAUAAUUCUUUCUGUUAUAUUUACAUGACUAUUGCAGGAUAAAUAAUAUCAAGGUUUUUCUUCCAGACUACCCGCUGCACACAUGAGUAAGGUUAUUUUCUAUGCUUAAAAUGUGCUCUGUAUAACGUUGAAAAGUUGUACUCAGCUUUGUGUGGACGUAUGUAAACUGAUGAUGCUGAAUCAUUGCUGAUGAUUAAUGACUGUUAAUGCAUUUUCUAUUUUUCUAUUCCAUAUUUUUCCUUUUUUUUAAUGUAUCAUCUUCAUAUCUUGUCCUGUUUAUCAUCUGUUAAAUGCUAUUUUUAAAGUCGUAUGAUCCAGUAUUGGAUUGCAGCCGUUUCCUCUCACAUUCCUGCAGAAUUGAGCAGCGAGGAAGCACAGACCCUCUGACUCAGUCAGUGGAGCCACUAUAAUUCAAGUGGUGGUUUUCGUUUUCAGUCAUUGUGUCUAUGAAAUCCUGCAUAAACCUGAAAUAAUUUUUUGUAGUACACAAUCCUCACACAACCCCUUAUUGGUGUUUAUUUUAAUGUGUGACUGUAUGCAUGGUUUUGAAUGUAGCAGCUUGACAGCUGACGUCCAUAUGAUUGCAGCAGCAGUGUUUCAUGUACAAUAGAAGGUUUUACUAUUACUGUGUAACCAGCAUGUCUACAUGUACAUGUAGCAGACUAUUGUAGCAUCACUGAGAUGUUAAUUUGAUCAUUUGUUUGGUUGGCAUAGAAACAGAGUAAAACAGAGCACAUGGUAACACAUGGUGGACCAAAUUAAAUAUUCUUCAAGGUAUCAGGUCUGUUUUUGUCUGUUUACACUGUUUUGAGUAAUAAAUCUCUUUAUUAUGGAAAGUAAUUCGGUGUAACAAAAACAAAAGAUUUCAUUUAUAGAUAUUUAGUUCACUUAUGAAAGAAUUGGUGCCCAGACCCUGUGUUACGACAAUGUAACAAUGCUUAAUAAGGUAUUAUUUAAAAAGAAAUGUAAUUGGGGGGAAUAUCUUAAAAGAACCCAUGCUAUGCUCCUUUACAAGUUUAUAUUGCUUUUCUACUACUAUGCAUACUGUACACACAUCAUCGCCAUAUCUUGUCCCUAAAGCCUCCUUCCUGAAAGGCCCAUUUUGCUCUAACUGGACAAAAAUGGUGUGAGCGUAAAUAAAACAACCCAUUAAAGAUAAUUUAGCCAUUUAAGCUUCUAACUCAACAGAUAAUGCCCAGGAUCACUGGCAAAGAAAUUAAGAAAAAAGUAAAUAAAAAAUACAAGAUGGCACCAUGGUAGAUGUUAAACAACAUUAUUUGACUCAGAUCAUGUUGAUAUUCUGGAUCUGGUGAAACAAGGUUAGACAUAUAGGAGGUACUGGAUGGGUUGUUGGGUCUUUUGGUGACCCCAUGGCUUGCUGGAGGUCUAGUUUUAAAUGCACUGAGCAUAAAUCAUGUUUUAGCUUAUUAAGUAUCUCAUUUCUAACCUCAAGAACAUUAGUGAUGAACAGUGUGACUCGUUUAAAACUGAACUUUUAUGGAAGAAGUGUUUGGUCAUUUUUUUUUUAUUCUAACAGUGCUUCUUGGUUAUAAAUCUUCACACGUUGUUUCUACUCAAAUUGAUUAUUUCUUGCUGUUUUGACAGGCAUGAAAUGGUUAACUCACCCUCCUGUAAGGACUUUUUAGCAUAUACAUCUGUGUCAUGAGGCUUUCUUUAAAUACACCACCGGUGACUGCUCAACAAGUGAAUAUAUUCAUCUGGCGUCAGCUCCGUGUUCAUUUAUGUUUCCUCUGUGCAUUUAAAGGUGUAUUGGCUGGAAAAUUUGGCUACACUUUUUAAAAUUAAAAAAAGGUUUAAUUGUGUUAAAAUGAUUUAAAUCAGUGGA